AUGGCAGACCUGGGCUGCCAAAAAGCCAGCGACUGCACGGUCUCCAGGCUGCUCAGCGUGGUGGAGAGCGAGCUGAGGGCAGGGAGGGACAAAGGAGACCCCACGGAGAAGCAGCUCCAGGUUGUCUUGGAGGAUGCCACGCUCUGGCAGAGGUUCAGGGAAGUCACCAACGAGAUGAUCGUGACCAAGAACGGCAGGAGGAUGUUCCCUGUUUUGAAGAUCAGCGUGUCAGGCCUGGACCCCAAUGCCAUGUACUCCUUCCUGCUGGACUUCGCCCCGACGGACGGGCACCGCUGGAAGUACGUCAACGGGGAGUGGAUGCCAGCUGGGAAACCAGAACCCCCGAGCCACAGCUGCGUCUACAUCCACCCAGACUCCCCCAACUUUGGGGCCCAUUGGAUGAAAGCUGCCAUUUCCUUCAGCAAAGUCAAACUUACCAACAAGCUCAACGGGAGUGGGCAGAUAAUGUUGAACUCCCUGCACAAGUACGAGCCCCAGGUACACAUUGUCCGCGUGGGGGGCCCGCACCGCAUGGUGCUGAACUGCUCCUUCCCCGAGACACAGUUCAUAGCUGUGACUGCCUAUCAGAAUGAAGAGAUAACAGCUCUCAAAAUCAAGUAUAAUCCCUUUGCCAAAGCCUUCCUGGAUGCAAAAGAAAGAAACCAUCCCAAGGAUGCUCCAGAAACAGUCUCUGAAGGUCAACAUAUGACAUAUUCUCACUCUCCACACAAUCCCCACAGCUGUGAGAGAUACCCAGCACUGCGAGGGCAUCGGGCUGCUCCCUACCCCCCUUCCUACCUCCAGAGAAAUCAUUCACCUACAGUUAAUUUGUUGGAGAGCUCCAGCAAUAAUCUUCAGGUAUUCUCAGGACAUGACAGCUGGACUUUGCCAUCCUCUCCACAUGCUAAUUUGCUGCCAGUGCCACACACGAAGGGAGCUGCCAGCCCUGGAGCCAGCCACUACCCUUGCCUGUGGACGGUGAGCAACAGUGCUGUCAAUGUUGCCAACCCAGGGAGUGAGGUGAACAGCAGCCCCUCAAGCAUGUUCCUAAGGGGUAAUGUGCCCCUACCCCCUGCAUCAUCAGUCCAAAUGCCUCGGCAGGGCAUGGUGUCCAGCAGCAUGGAGACACAAGGGGAAAGUGCUCUGGCCAGGCUGCCCGACUCGGCGUGGACAUCCUCACACUCCUUCUAA